AUGGACAGAAACAUCGAGAAGUUGCUUAUGUGGCUCGGUGCCAUGCACCAGAACCCAUCUAAUCCUCCGUCGCGUCGCUAUCAGGCUUACUACAUUCUGAAUUUCUAUGGACAACAUCGCAAUCCCUACCGUCUUAUGGCACAGGUUACUUCUAUGUGUAAAGAAGAGUUGCUUCUCCCUAAACCUUCUAUCAUGACCUCAAGCCCUGAGUCUUCAUCUCUCGUCAAGCUCUGGGGAAAGCAGAUUGAGAAUGUUGUCGAUGAGUUUUUCAUUGUGCCAGCCAUUUCUGACUUUGAAGCUCAUCCCUUCGAGUUGUUCAGUUGUUUACCUCCAGACUUUGAGGGACGCUUGGAUCCAGAAACAAACCUCAAAGCCCACAACAAAAUGCUGGUUUAUGAACGCAUUGGCCAACAGAAACUCAUGGAGCUUACAAAGCGCUUUGGCUAUCAUUAUGUUUUUCGAGCUGGCCUACGUGAAUACUUCCUCACGAAGCUCAUUGCUGAAUACUACAACUUCAUGAGAGUAGACAAUCGCAGCGAUGAAUGGCGUCAGCGUACCCAGAUGACCUUUUAUGAUCUUCUCGACAAGCAUCCAAACAUGAAGUUGGAUGAGCUGAGAAUUGUCAUCGCUGGAGCUCAAGCUUAUCCCUAUGAUAUCCUGCUCUUCCGCAACUGGUUGAUUAGAAGCCGCCGGUCGUACCACGCAAUGCAAGCAUGCAUUUCUAUCAUGACAGAUGACUCUUCUGAAUUGUAAAUAUCCGCUCAGAAUGUUGGUCUUGAUACGAGAUCCUUUGAGGAUCUAGAGCAGAGAAUGUCUAGUUAAGCCACACUCACCAAAGUCUUGCAAUGCAAGAAGACAUCUCUCAUUCCUCUAGCAUGUACUGAAUGACUUCUCCAAUCGACUCCAAUCAUCUCUCAGAUCGGCGGCAUGGUCUAUCACUUCAUUGAAGACAAAAAGAUCGAUUUCCAAAUGGUCUCCAUGUACGACAAAGGCCAGGUCAAUACUGAUGAGCUUCUCACGAUCUCUUCUUUGAUAUUUUCUUCUUCUUCAUACAUAUCAUUGGUUUUCUUCUUUCUAUUGCAUUCUGGUGUUUCUUUAUCAUUGCUUUUUCUCUUCGUCGACAUGUCCUUUUCUAUCAGAUAGCAAAGACGCUAUCGAUUCAGCACAAAAAAGAGUCACGAAAAGAGGGAAAGCAGAAGGUUGGGGAGGCAACUCAUUGCACGCAUGGCGAAAUGAAUCACGAUUCUUACGGCGAUCAGAUACACAGGUGGCGCAUGCUUAGGUGUGGGUUUACAAGCGAUGGCAUUCAAUCAAGGAUGCAAUAAUGGGUGGAUGUGAAAAAGGGGAUGGUGUAAGCGUCCUCUCUACGGAGGACGCUACGAUAUCUUUGUUUUAAUUUUUCCUAUGUUACUAUUUGCAUGCACUCAUUGACGAUUAAGACUUGACUGUGACAACAAUGUCAAAUUAGCGCGCUUUAGGUAGAGAAUGGAAUGAAAACUAGAGACGAG